UACCUUUAUAAUAUAUAUUUUUUAUGGUGUUUAUGGCCAAACCAUAGGCUGGGGAAACGUAAAUCACUCUUUAACCAACCCUCCUAUACAAAUUUAAAAUUUACAGUCAAUUUGCAGUUGACAGGAUAACGUCUAGUCCACGAAGUGGAUGAGAUAGGUUUUGAAAUCUCGGAGCUUUCACUUAACACAAUCACUAAACCUUUCAUCAAUCAACUAUUCUAUCUGAAAGAAGAAGCAAACGACUAAAAUGGAGGGGAUCGUGCAAUUGCCGUACGAUGCAACGGUACGGUUUAUGUUAGCAUCACUCGAGCGCAAUCUGCUACCUGACGUUGUUAUAAGAAGACUCAGUCGCUUGCUGUUGGCCGGGCGCCUGCGUUCCUGUUACAAAGCUUCCUCUGAGUUACAACUCUCUGAACUCUUGCAAUUCGUACAUUCUUUAAGAGAGAUGCCUAUAGCCAUCAGGACUGAUAAGCCAAAAGCCCAACAUUAUGAACUACCAACCUCUUUCUUCAAGCUGGUUCUUGGGAAAAAUUUAAAAUACAGCUGCUGUUACUUCUCUGAUGAGUCAGACACCUUAGAGGAUGCUGAGAUUGCUAUGAUGGAACUGUACUGUGAGAGGUCACAACUGAAAGAUGGUCACACUGUUCUUGAUGUUGGAUGUGGAUGGGGGUCACUGUCUUUAUACAUCGCCCAAAAGUACAGUAAUUGCAAGAUAACAGGGAUAUGCAAUUCAAAAACACAGAAAGAACAUAUUGAUGAGCAAUGCCGAAAGCGACAGCUCCAAAAUGUGGAGAUCAUUGUUGCAGAUAUUAGCAAACUUGAAAUGGAUGCCUCUUAUGAUCGUAUAUUCUCCAUUGAAAUGUUUGAGCAUAUGAAGAACUAUCACGAUCUUCUCAAAAAGAUAUCCAAGUGGAUGAAACAGGAUAGCCUUCUUUUUGUUCAUUAUUUCUGCCACAAAGUGCUUGCCUACCACUUUGAGGAAACAAGUGAUGAUGACUGGAUCACUAAGAACUUCUUCACCGGAGGUACAAUGCCUUCAGCUAAUCUGCUUCUUUAUUUCCAGGAUGAUGUUUCGAUUUCUAAUCAUUGGCUUCUGAAUGGGAAACAUUAUGCGCAAACAAGUAACGAGUGGCUCAAGAGAAUGGACCAGAACUUGGCCUCCAUUAGGCCGAUUAUGGAGUCAACUUAUGGCAAGGAUCAGGCAGUCAAGUGGACUGUUUAUUGGAGAACAUUCUUUAUUGCCGUCGCAGAACUCUUUGGAUACAACAAUGGAGAAGAAUGGAUGGUUGCACAUUUCUUAUUCAAAAAGAAAUGAAUUUAUCAGAUCCUUCCCUUGGAAAAAAUAAUAAAGAAGUGAAGAAGCAUGAGGCUGCUCAACAUUGUGAUUCUAGUAAAGCCAGACAUUAUCAAAUAAAUUUCUCUUGCUCAAAAAUAACAUGGGAUUUUCACAUCA